AUGGGCGUCGGGGGUGCGUCGGCGUUGGGUGCGCUGGAGCUGAGGGAGCUCUCGCUCAAGUGGUGCCUUGGGGUCUCGGAUCUGGGGAUCCAGCUCCUGGCCCUCAAGUGCCGGAAGCUCACCAGACUGGAUCUCUCCUACACCAUGAUCACAAAGGAUAGUUUUCCUGCCAUCAUGAAGCUACCCAAUCUUCAACAGUUGACACUGGUGGGGUGUAUUGGAAUUGAUGAUGAUGCUCUUGGUAGUCUUGACAAAGAAUGCAGUAAAUCACUACAGGUGCUUGAUAUGUCUCAGUGUCAGAAUAUCACUUACGUGGGAGUUUCAUCCAUGCUGAAGUCGGUACCUAAUCUAUUGGAACUGGAUCUUUCAUACUGCUGUCCUGUUACUCCUUCUAUGGUGAGAAGCUUACAAAAGAUUCCUAAACUGCGGACCCUGAAGCUGGAAGGCUGCAAAUUCAUGACUGAUGGACUAAAAGCUAUUGGAACCUCUUGUGUUUCUUUAAGGGAGUUAAGCUUGAGCAAGUGCUCUGGAGUGACGGAUACAGAACUCAAUGUUUUGAAUCUGCUAUUUUUCUUUCUAUUGCAUAUAGGGAGCAACAGAUGA